GGCUGACUGAACAAGACACUAGUCAUUCCUGAGCAAGACUGUGUGAAACCUACAGAGUUACAUUGACUCACCUGUUCAUAGAAAGACAGUUGUCAUCAUGGGGCAGUGGUCCUUCCUUUCUGAUUUGUUGGACAAGGUGCAGUCACACUCCACUGUUGUGGGGAAGGUCUGGAUGAGUGUUCUCUUCCUCUUCAGGAUCUUCAUCCUAGCUGCUGGUGUAGAUGAAAUAUGGGGAGAUGAACAGGAAAACAUGGACUGUAACACCAAAAGCCCUGGCUGCAGGAACGCCUGCUAUGAUCAAUCCUUCCCCAUGUCUCACACACGCUUCUGGGUCCUCCAAAUCCUCAUGGUGUCCACUCCAACACUCAUGUAUCUGGGCCAUGUCCUGUUAGUGAUUCGCAGAGAAAACAAGCUGAGGAGACGCUUGGAGCAGAAACUGGGUAAAAAUGGGAAGAUUAAAGCUCCAAAGUAUUCAGAUGAACAUGGCAAAGUAGAGCUCAAGGGCAUCCUGCUGGUCAGCUACAUGACGCAGCUGCUAUUCAAGAUCCUGCUGGAAGUGGCAUUCAUUGUAGGCCAGUACUUCCUGUAUGGCUUCAUAAUGAUGCCCAGUAAGAUUUCAUUUCCCGACUACCCCUGUACGGCCCCGGUAGACUGCUUCAUAAGUCGUCCCACAGAAAAAAAUAUCUUCAUUGUCUUUAUGUUGGCGAUGGCCUUCCUCUCUGUGAUGCUCAACAUCAUGGAGAUGUUCCACCUGAUGAUCUCAAAGAUGAAGGAGAAGUGAAAGAGCAGUGGCUCAACAAACCAAACCACAAUUGAACUGAGGGAGUUGAACUUUGCUCAAGGACUGUGAGCAGAGCUGUUCAGCUGAGUCAGUCUGUGAGGUACCUUGCUCUCGCCUCGCUUCAAGGUUGUUACACAUAAAUAUUGAGUUAAGUACUACAUGUUUCUUGUAUACUGUACCAACAGUAAUACAUCAUAUGUUUUAGGAUAGAUUGUAUUAAACCCUAUGUAUCAAAUUCUACAUUCUGUGGUUGAUAUGAACAUGACAUUAUCUGAUUCAAGAAUACUGAAUGUGGAGUUGAAACUUAAGUUAAAAAAAAAAAAGAAAAAAAAAAAGAGUUGUCUGGAUUUUGAAUGUAAAUUGGAUCGAUGUGCAUCUGUUGAGUUAAUGGCUAAGAUGAACCAAAGCACAGAAUUUCUAGGUCAUUUAUUAGGUAAUCUCUGCAUAUUGUGGCUGGAGCUCUGGCUCAGGGUCACUUUGACACACUUCCUCCUUACAUGCAUGUUGGGCGUGCCCCUUAGGAAGCUUAGUUGGAUGAUGACCAUAUGCUGCUUUCUUACAUUCAAAA